AGCAGAGCAGGACCAAGUAGCUCUCUCUCUCUCUCUCUCUCUGUCUCUCCCUCACCCGUUGGACUGUAGCAUCGACUCGCUGCUUCAUCGUCUCCGUCAUUUCCCUGUUCUCCGGUGGAUUUUAUUGAUCACUGCUGAAUUUACCUCAUUAUUCUUCCAUCAGGACUUUUUUUUUUUUUUAACCUUGAGCUGCAAGAUUUUGUGGUUAACGCUUUUUACAAACAGGAAGACUCCAGGACCCAGUUAUUAUUAUUAUUAUUAUUAUUAUUAUUAUUAUUAUUAUCAUUAUCAUUUUAACAAGCAUCUUCUGGAAACCAUGAGUGCGUGCAGCAGGAAGGCUCUGACUUUACUCAGCAGCGUCUUUGCAAUCAGCGGCCUGGGGCUGCUGGGAGUGGCGGUGAGCACAGAUUACUGGCUCUACCUGGAGGAGGGAGUCAUCAUGCCUGUGAACCAGACGGCUGACAUCAAGACGUCGCUGCACUCAGGUCUCUGGAGGGUCUGCUUUCUGGCUGGUGAGGAAUCCGGCCGCUGCUUCACCAUCGAGUACAUGAUGCCAAUGAGUCUCCAGCUGACGUCGGAGUCCACAGGAAAUGUACUCAAGAUGAUCCGCUCAGCAACUCCAUUCCCUCUGGUCAGCCUCUUCUUCAUGUUCAUCGGUUUUGUCCUCAACAACAUUGGACACGUGCGUCCUCACCGCACCAUCCUGGCGUUUGUCUCAGGAAUCUUCUUCAUCCUUUCUGGGCUGGCUCUAGUGGUGGGUCUGGUGUUGUACAUCUCCAGCAUAAAUGAUGAGAUGCUGAACAGAACAAAGAGCAGUGAGGCCUACUUCUCCUACAAGUAUGGCUGGUCUUUCGCCUUCGCUGCCCUCUCCUUCCUGCUCACUGAGAGUGCGGGAGUCAUGUCUGUCUACCUGUUCAUGAAGCGCUACACAGCAGAGGAGAUCUACCAGGCUCGCCGCCCCAAUUUCUAUCGGCCUCGGCUCAGCAACUGCUCCGACCACUCCGGUCAGUUCCUCCAUCCAGAGUCCUGGUCGCGUGGACGAAGCCCCUCUGACAUUUCGAGCGAAGCGUCACUGCAGAUGAGCGCCAGCUACCCCGCUCUCCUCAAAUGUCCGGACUAUGACCAGGUGUCAUCCUCACCUUGCUGAGUCAACAGAGGUCGAUAAAAGGUCACUGAGCAAUCUCUUAAAGAAUCAAAUAGCAAAGUGAAACAAAGAAGUUUCAUUAUAUUGAAAAGAGACCCUCCAAAUAAGUGAGUGCUGUUGGUCACAAGUCUUGAGUUAAUUCCUAUUAGGAAGAAAAGAUUUCUUUGUAAAUAGUCACAGUGCGUUUGUAGCUUGAAUGCUGAAAAGUUUUAAUUUCGUUAGGAUCUUCUAUGACCGACCAGGGUUAUCAAUCCAAAGAGCCAUUUUUACCCUCUUUCAUGCUCAAUAAAACCCAUUUACAGCCACAAAUCUUACUGAAUAUAGUAAAUUAAUUUAAAGAGCCACAAUUUUAUUUCUAUUUUUAGGUUUUACAAUUAGGAAAAACAUAACUUUCCAACUUUAAUGAGGUGUUGACAUUUGCGGAAAACGAAUUGGAAAAAAGCACAGUUUCCAACUUAAUGACAAGAAAAAUAAAUCUAAAUAUAUCAUUAGUACAAUUUAUAGUUUCAGUUGUGGAAAUUAAUGCUAUUAUCCCAUGAAAGAACCUGCUACAACCUGCAUUUGUUGUUAUAUGUACAUCUAAAAUUAUUAGUUAGUUGAAACAUUAAUUAAAAACUCAAUCUAGUGACCGAUGAGAAGAUGACUCUUCUCUCUUGGCUACUCAAACACCAUUGAGAAUCUAAGGUGCCUGAUGACCAUACUUUUUCCUUCCACUUCAAAGAAUGACCUUCUUUGGUCCACAAUGCAAAACUCAAUAAAACAUAAUAAAUCUUGA